AUGCUGACUGUGCCAGUGCCGGGGCUACCAACUCCGCAAGUGGCACUCACCGAGGGCACCGAACUUGGCGGCUCCACUGUCAUACCGAUUGAUCUGCGUGGCCUGGGACAAGGAGUGCUUCCUUUAUUGAUCCCUCCCACCUUUGAUCGAGCCUCGGUGCUCGAAGCCAUCGCGCUAGCCGUCCCACAACUCAGACCCGCUAUAGAGGACCCACUUAGCGGCCAUCGGCUGCAGCUACAGGAUGCCCAGGGGCAGGUGUGGGACAACCUACCCCCAAGGCUGUCCGUGAUCCAAUGGCUCACCUUGUCAUAUGCACCGGUUCCUGAAGGGCACCUAGACCCCCUGUCGCUCGAGGAGGCUUAUGGCGAGGCUACCAAUGACGAGGCAGGCCUCUUGCAACUCAGUGCUGAUACGGUUGUCCAGGCACCACGCCCAGACGGGGAUGCCGACGUCGGACUGCCUCCCUCACUCCUUGGCAAGCUCACGCCAUCGGGCACCGGCCUGCCGUGCCCCAACCAGGUCCGGAUUGUUCCUGAUUACUUGAGCCGGUCUGCUGCACUCCACAGAGAGCUUGUGCAACUAUCGUGGGGCGGCAAGGAAGGCGAAGAGACAACCCACUUCACAGUGUUUGACACCCUGCAUCAGGUCCGCGUAUUGCCACGCGAUACGAAGGACUCAUUGCAAAUAUGUGUAGGCCGAGCCCUCCAGGCUACGCAGGCCACCAUCAGCCGCAUCAGAGUCCUGACCGCUCCUGUCCCGGGCUUCCCUUUGCCCCAGCUGGUCCUGCACCAGGCUGAUCAUGUUGAACCACUUGACACUCUGGUUUGGGACCUCCGGCCCAUUCAGCAGCCGGUACGGACCGUGGCCCUGCCCAAAGGGCACGACCUUGAGGCUGCUUUCCAGCAAGUUGUGCAGCCGCUGCCACAAGCACCUGCCCUACUGGAGAGCUGGCGCAAUGGACGUGUAGUUCUAGUUGACGCGCUGGGCAUGCUAGAAGACUUCCUACCUCUUGACUUUGAGGAGACGCAGCAUGUGCGUGCCGAAGUCGCCCUCUUUCAAGGGCUGACCCAGUCGGUCCUUGAUCCGAGCAGCUGGCAACCCGUGCCGGGAAGCUUGACCUCAACAUCCACUACAACUGCCAUGCUUGUCAACUACCCUCACUACCCCUCUCGGCCGCCAAGGCACUCGGUUGCCGAAAUCCAUUCAUUGGAGGUCACAAUUGUCCGUGGACGACACUGUGAGCAAGCAGUUAUUCAGCUGCCCUGCCUCCAAAUUGAUGGUGCCAUUAGUGGGUUGUUAAGGAGGGUUGAGACAGCUACUGGUCCCUUGCAGCCAACGGCCAGGCUUAUGCUUGCUAAAGCCCAGCCCAGCUCCACGACGCCGGCGCACGAAACAGUGUUUGUCGUGCUCGAAGACCACAGCGGCGUUUGGUCUGUAUUUGACACCAGGCAUCUGGCCAGGGCCGGCUCACUUAUAGUGGCACGCAGUGUUCAUGACCUCCCUUGUCAUGCUGCCAUGACACCGGCGUGCUACCAGAAUGGCUGGACGCUCUUUGUCAAUGGGGCACCCAUCCACCUCUGCCCGCGUGGUAUCGACGAUGGAGAUUUUGUUCAGCCAACGAUGCAAAGCGGCUUUCCGCUUUCAGUGCCUACAUCCGUGAUCCUGGAAGCGUGUCCUAUGCUUGAAGCAUAUACAUGGGGUCUGCCUAUCCCCAUCGUUCGUAAUGCUCGACUGCGUCGAGCUAGGUUGGGUUUCUAUAGACAUGCCGAGGGUAGAUGUCUGGUCUUCGGACCUUGCCAUGCGCCAGCAGCCUUCAGAACUCGACAUGCAUAUGUGCCUGACCAUACAGAGAUGCGUGAAGCCGUCAAUGAGCUUCAAGACUUCCCUGGCCGGCUGUGCUCCAUCGCCUAUUCUGAGGCUCAGUUUAGACAUGAGCGGUGCACGUCUGUGUUUGCAUCUUCCGCACGACAUUCUUCCCUUGCCACCUUGCUACUUCCUGCGUAUGGUUGGCCAGGACAUUAUGUCAUCCUGCUGGCACCACAGAACGCGCCCGGCCUGGGCGCACUUCCGAUCGGACACAAUUUCAGGAUCAUCCCCGAAAGACGAUGGCAUCAUGGGAGGGUGUUGCGCCUCUGUUUGGACGAGCCACGUCUUCCGCCUCCUGCUGCUCCCCCAGCUGCGCCGCAGGCAGCGCAACCAGCUGCCCCACAGCCAGCGCAGCCACAGCAGCCAGCAAUCCGGCCGGACCCUGAGGUUGAUGACGAGGAGAUGGCGCCCAGAGCUGACCCUGCAGAACCAGAGAGCAUGAGUCUCCUGCAGCUCGAUGCGCGAAUCCAUUCUCAUGGAUCUAAGGACGCCGCUAGCCCUGUGCCCCGCGCGGCUACCUCCCUCGCCUACCCUCUUGUCGGGAAGCCUGCAACUUCAAUUGCGGUGCUAUCCGAAAGUGCAGGCCCAACUGUGCCAGAUUGUGCCGCUCCCCCGGAGCCACCCCAGGUAUACAUUGCAACGGCCAUUUCUGAUACCGGGUCGCACAUAUCAACACCAUCGGGCCGCUACCUUGUCCGCGACAGCGAAGGUCCCGCGACCAAUGGCUCGGCCAUACCCACACCGCUCGGCCGGCGGCGACUCUGUCAAGGGGAUGCACCUCCCUCCACAACAGCAUGCCAUGCCGGAGGCCGCAACACCCUGAUUGAGCAGGGCCCUCCGGAUGCUGUAAGCGAGCUCACGCGACACGAUGCCCAAAGCACGCCUGAGCCCCCACAGCCUGCCACUCCGGCUGGGACAGUUCAACUCAGCCUUGCUGACCUUGUCCCUCCGUCCCAGCCGGCCAUCACUUGGGGCGUCAACCAGGACAUCUUACUGCACUGCUUUGAGGAUCACGAUCUACAUCAAUUUGCACAACCCCCCGAGGUAUACCGUACAGUUGAUGCCUCACUAUUGCGCCUGUGGCACCAACUCCCUGCCUGGCAACCAGAGCUGCAAUGUGAAGAACUUUUUAUCUUCACUGACGGUUCAUUUUUCGACGGGGCGCCGCAAGCCACUUGGGCCGUUGUGAUAGUUGCGCUCCAGGCGGGACAAAUUGUGCGGGUCGGCACACGUGCUGGUGUCGCCCAAGGACCAGCAAACCAUGGCCCAAUGCAUGCCAGGCAGCCGUCUGCCUUCGACGGAGAAAUUGAGGCUAUCCUUCAUGCAUUUGCUGUUGUUGCCAAUGUACCCUGCCGAGCGGCGCAUGUCGGAGCUGACAGUGAGGCUGCCCUCACUGUCGCACAAGGACUUGCCGCAACUGCCGAGUGGGACCUAACGGCGCGAGCAACUGUCAGUGUACGUGCCCUCGUGGCAAUGCAGAGCAAAGGACUCUACCUACACAAGGUACUUGCUCACGCGGGCUGUGCUCUAAACGGCCUCGCUGAUGGUCUUGCCAAGGCUGUAGGCAGGAAUCUGUCCCUCGAGGCAACAGGCACAUUCCAGACUUUGUGGUCGGCUAUUGCAGAAGGAGUUGUUGAUCAUCUUUGGCUGGUGCCACCACACCCACACACCGCCUAUAGCCUGCCCCCGCUCAAUGACGCGGGAACUUGGGACCGUGCCUACUGCGAGAUUGUUGCUCCGGACGAUCUCCAGCGGCCCUUUUGCAUGCCCGAACCUGAUGUGGUUGCCAAGCCAGUGCCACUAGACCUCCGUGUCCUCCAGUAUAAUGCACUCUCUCUGAAAGCUCCGGGGGCUCCGGAGCUCCUUGCAAGGGGCCUCCGAAAGCAUGCCGUUGAUAUUGCCGGCCUCCAGGAGACACGACAGCGGCAAACUGGCAUCACCACGAUCAGCGAUUAUUGGGUCCUGCAUGCGCCUUGCACUGACCAGGGCAUAGGCGGAGCUCAAAUAUGGGUGCGCCAUAACCCUCGAUGGGACCGCCAGGCAUUCACAAUUGUCCACCAGGAGCCGCAGAUCCUUGUUGUUCUCGGCUCCUUUGAUGGGGUGCGAAUGCUUCUUGUUUCCGCUCAUGCCCCACCUGCCACUACAGCAGCCGACGUGAUACAGGACUGGUGGGGCACCUGGCGACUACCCUCCAUCGAACACCCUCCAAUUGUGUUCCGCUCCUCUUCCUGGAUGCAAAUGCAACGUUCAGCCGGCAGCCCCUGGUUCCGCGCACUCUCCUCUGCACGCCCCUUUGCCACAAUGCGACGUGCCUGCAGCAAUUUGCGACUACACGGGCGCUUGGGCUCAGCCCACAGUUUCUGGCCAACGGGGUAUCGCAAGCUCAUUGACUAUAUUGGCAUGCCUGCCGAAUGGGAGCAUACAUGCACCGUGCAGGAAACACCGCGGCUCGGGGAUUUGUAUGAAGACGUCGACCAUCAGCCGGUUUUUCUCCGGCUCGAGGCCACGGUUGAUGCGACCCCAGUGCAGCACCGCAACCAAAUCGACUGCCGCUUCUGGACCAUCCCGGAGAGCUCACAGGCUGUCACCACGGUUGCCCAGUAUAGUCCACCAGUGCCAUGGACAACACGUACUACUGCGCACGUCGAUGCCCUGCAGCAGCACCUCUACCAUGGUGUGAAGUCCUGUAUCCCGGCAAUAUCACCUAAGCCACGAAAUCCCGCCCUGACACCCGACACACUGGCCAAGGUCCGAUUACAACGACACCUACGACGCUGUACGAGGCACGCACAACAGGCCUCGCGUCGGGCCUUCUUGCACAUGUGUCUCAGAGCUUGGGCACAACAGGGCAGGCCAGUCUCCUCAGUCAUCCGGGCCGAGGAGAAUGCCAGGAUCUGUGCGGCGGCCCGCUGGGCACGCCAAUACAGACAGGGCAAGGAGCUCCGCCGCUCAAUGUGGACCGACAAGGCGGAGUUUACAAGGCGGGCUAUAGUACAGGCCAGAGCAGACGGACCUGCACAGUUCUCGCAUCGUCUACGGGCAAUCCUCCGUACGGGGCGACGGUAUCGAGCUCCUGCACUCCUCCCAUGCCUAACGGAGGAACCGGGUCGACCGAUGGACAAAAACCAGGUUAUGGAUAGUUUCGGGAGGUUUUUCGCUACGGCCGAGCGCGCAGAGCCUAUGGCAAUCGAAGGGUUGGUCCGACAAAGAACCGGAGAGCCAGCCGCGUGCCAGACCCUGCAAGGUAGCGAUCUCCCCAGUCUGGCAGGCCUUGCCUCCGGAUUCGCCAGCUUGCGAACCGGGCGAGCCGCCGGACUUUCCGGGAUACCCUCAGAAGCUUACCGAGCCUGUCCCCUCCAACAGGCCCUUCUGUACUACCCAGUUGCCUGCAAGCUUUUCAUCCGUGACCCUUCACCUUUCCAAUGGAAAGGAGGGCUUGCCACAUGUGUUCCAAAGCCCGGCAAGCCUUGCACGCAACACAAAGGCUAUAGAGCAAUCAUGCUCCUGGAAGGGGACAACAAAGCCCUGCAAAAAUGCAUGCGCCCAUCCUUGCUCAAAGCGAUGCCCUACUUGGGCGUCCCUGACCAGAUGGGCGGCCGGCCCGGGUAUGCCCUGACACAACCGUCGGCCUGUGUCAAAGCACACCUCCACCGGCUUCGCCGGACACGCCAAAGCGGAGCUGUCAUCUUCAUCGAUGCCGCAGCAGCCUACUAUUCCAUUGCCAAGGACCUUCUGUCCCUCACCCCAGCGCAGAGACGCGAUCGUACCUACCUCGAAAGUCGGGCGACUCGACUCUUCCAGUUUGAGGACCUCCGACAGCAAUUCGUGCAACGGAUGCUGGACAGCAACGCUGAGCUCGAUGAAGCUAUGUCUCCUGCGUUACGGGCAUACUUGCAACGCCAGCUUGACCAGACUUGGUAUGUCCCCAGGCACGAUUCACCCAUCGCCUAUGUUGCCGGCAGUGGGACUGCUCCUGGCUCCCCACUUGCUGAUGUCAUGUUUUCCCUGGUGUUUGGUGAUCUGCUCCGACAGACACAAGCAUUCCUUCGAGAACAGGGGUGGCACUCCCGGCUCACCGCACAGGCGACCAACUCGCCCGGCUACACGCCCACAUGGGCGGAUGACGUCUGCAUCCUGGUCGAAGUUGGACCGGCGGAGCUCGUCCCGACGGCAACGGCCGCUACUUUGUCCUUCUUCCUUGACCGUAUGCAUGGGGCUGGCCUGCAGGCCAACAUGGGCCUUGGCAAAACCGAGACGAUCCUUGCCCUGCACGGCUCUGGCUCCCGCGAGGUACGACGCCAGCUUUUCUGCCAGACGGACCCGCAACUGCCUUACAGCUCGAAAUAUGAGCGAGGUCAUGUGCGCAUCACUGCGACAUAUGACCAUCAGACCAUCUGGGAUCGACCAUCCAAGCCGACGGCCACUCCCUUCCCGCCAUUCGGCGCCGCAGAGAGCUGA